GGAUUUGCUGGCCGACGAUUGCCUCUUAGACGACUGCGCUGAAGGUUUCCUCCACAACGAAUCGCUUGGACUUUCCGACGGUUUCAAUCUUGAAGAGGCUCUGCAGCUCGUUGGUCUCGAUGAGGUGGAACUCGAGAAGCCGGAAGUGAAGGAAAAGCCAAAAUUGAUUAGCGACGGAGGGCGAAGCGAUUCGCGCGCUUCCAACUCGGACAACGACGAGGACAAUCUUAAAGGAGCCGAAGCGAGCGACAUGAACGUGAUUCAUCCGCAGUACCAUCAUCCCCAUGCUCGCUCGUUCCAGCGAGGAAUGCCGCUGGUACGUCCGAUGGGUAUGGAGCAUCACCAGCGCUGGUCGGACAUGUUUAUGAGUGGUGGCGAGCCAUUCGCCCAUCCUGGACCCGUUAACUCGCUACACCAGUCGCAUCUCAAUUAUACCGUUCACCAUUCCCAUCAUCAUCAUCAACCCUACGGUGAUGUGACGGCGCCUCCACCUCGGCAUGCUCUCAUGAGCAAUGCCACUAUUCCACCACCAGUUGGCGAUCUUAAUUCUACGGGAACGUAUCACAAUACCGGCAACCUUGGUUCUGCAGUCGCAACUUCGAUGAACUUAACUAACAAUGGAGAAUCGUUGAGUGCGGACGGUGUUACGCCAUUUAAACCUGAACCAAGCGACAUGAUGAGUAGUUACUAUCCGAACCCGACUAACGACACUGUGAAUCAAACUGAUAUUCCAUUCUCGUUCCUCGAUGACCCAAUAUCUUGGGCCGACGAUUCCUUCGGCGUUGGUUUUAAUAACGUCACUGAUGGAAUGGCCUACGGUGCGAACUCGACGAGCGCCGGUGGCGGCGGCGGCGGCAGUGCGUCCAGCGCAGGGCCGACGGCGAGCAUGAUACCGGUGGCAGGCAGCACGCAGUCGCCGAACGACGACGGUCGCAUGGAAACGUCGAGCGACAGCGCGGUCAGCAGCAUGGGCAGCGAGCGCGUGCCGUCGCUGAGCGACGGCGGCGAGUGGAUGGAAACCGGGUCCAACUCCAGCCACACCCAGGCCGACACCCACUACUCGAUGGACUACACCGGAAAGUACCGCAUGCCGUACGACUGCGGCUACUCGCUGGCGCCGGGCGCUGGGCGUCGGGCCAACGGCGCCAACUGCCAGCAGUCCGCGGCGGAGCGAGCCGGCCUGGCGCCGGUGGCGCAGAAGAAGCACCACAUGUUCGGCAAGCGCUGCUUCCAGGAGCAGCAGGGCCCGAUGACGCCCGGGGCCGCGGCGCCGCCGUCCAAGUACGACUACGACGCGGCGCAGAACGUGGCCGUGGCCGGGCCCCCCGGCCAGGCCUACUCCGGGCCGAUCGAGGGCGCCGCGGGGCCGCAGCCCGAGAUCAAGUACAGCUGCAGCGUGGACUUCAGUCGGCACCAGUCGGCACGCUCGAGCUUGGAGCACGUGCAGCACAACCACACCUACAACCUGCCGGCGGAGAGCUCGGGCGCUCUGCAGAGACCGAUGUCAAGGGACAAGAAAGGUGAGUUCCCGUUGCGCGCGCGCGCCUCGCUCCCGUCUGACCGGAGUCCGAACGCGCUUGUUGCAGCCAGGAAGACCGAGGCCGACGAGCACAUGACGCGCGACGAGAAGCGUGCGCGCGCCCUCAACGUGCCCAUCUCCGUCAACGACAUAAUCAACCUGCCGAUGGACGAGUUCAACGAGCGCCUCAGCAAGUACGACCUGAACGACAACCAACUGGGACUGAUCCGCGACAUCAGGCGCCGCGGCAAGAACAAGGUGGCUGCGCAGAACUGCCGCAAGCGCAAGCUCGACCAGAUCAACAGCCUGAGCGACGAGGUGCGGGAGAUGCGCUCGAGGAAGAUGCGCCUGAAGAACGACCGAGAGUACAUGCUCCAGGAGGUGGCCCGGGUCAAGGAAAAGUUCGGCCAGCUUUACCGACACGUGCUUCACUCGCUGCGCGACCCGGCCGGUCGGCCCUACGACCCGCGGGAGUACAGCCUGCAGCUGUCGGCCGAGGGCAACGUGGUGCUGGUGCCCAAGUCCAACCAUUCGACCCACUACGGCUUCCCGCUGAAGAAGCCCGACCAGCAGUAGCAGCCACGACAGCACAAGGAGUGAGCCGCGAACCCGCCGAUCCCACGGAUCUCAGGACCAAGCUAACGAUGUUUAGCGCUGGAAGGCCGCGCCCCUUGACGGCGCACAACAAAUCCGGAGGUGUACAUAAGCGAACGCAGCGACGCGCGGCGUUGCGCCGCGGAGCUUGCAUUUAACAACCGUACGGCCGACGACGACGACGACGACGACGACGAGCGCGAUAAGCAUGUAGAUAAGAGUUCUAUAAGUAUUUUUCUAAGCGCGAGGCGAGCCGCUGCUUCUGGCUCCUCUACCUUGUAAAUACCACCGAGUUAGGCGUCUGCCGCAUACCUCGUUUUCAUCUAUUCUUCUUUCAUAUAAGUGGAUAGCUAAUAUUACUGUCGGUGUAGGCUGCCCUUCUAUUGCCGUACUAUCUCUUUAUACCCCUUUCUCUCGCGUAAAUAAACAAGGAAUUCCCACUUUUCUUAGUUGCACAUUCGCUCGUCGAGAACGCUUCUCCUUUCAGAAACGAGAAAUUCACGUCCGAGUAGAGCUGUCAACCGUCUUACGUUUUAUCGAGCGACAACGAUCAGAAAACUGUUAUUCUUGAUAAGAUAGUAACAAGCAUAAUUUUUAUAAAGAAAAGCAAAUAUUUAUUUAAACGGAAAACAACGAGCGAAAAAGUAAAUAAACAAUAGACGAUUCCAAUGCGUACAAAAGAAAAUCUAUCAAUGUAUAUUAUGUAUUUAUGAGAUAAAAUAAUAAAUCACUUACCUUUCAUUGUUAACUUGCUGAUGUUGUGAAUUAUUUCGAUAGAUUUUAAGAGAUCAAACGGUAAUUGCUUAAAGAUGUAUGCAUAAAUUUUUGUGUAUGUGAAUCGAAUAAAUGUUACGUACUCGACAAGGUAAAAAUAAUUCA